GGGGAGUUGCUGCAAGAGAAAUUGGAGGAGGCAGCGAGAGAAAGAGAGAGAGAGAGAGGGAGAGAGAAGGGGGAAAAAAAUUAAAAAACUAAAGCCCAAGCCUGGCAGGAGCAGCAGUGCUGGCGGGGAGGUGGGCUGAUAGGCUCGCCCCGAGGAAGCGCAUUACGUAGGCAAGCAGCUCCGCUCAACUUGCCACCUGCGCCGGGAGAGCGAGCCCCUGCGUGAGCCCCUCAUCACCAUGGACUGCUGCAACGAGGGAGCCUGCACAAAGCUGGACGAGGACAUCCUGGACAUCCCCCUGGACGACCCCGACGCCAACGCGGCGGCGGCCAAGAUCCAGGCCAGCUUUCGUGGCCACAUGACCCGCAAGAAGAUCAAGGAGGGGGAGAUGGACCGGAAAACCAAGGAUGCUGAGUGCGCCAACAGCACCCGUGGUGGAGACCUCCGCAAUGGUGACUAGGGCCCACCGGAGCUGCCCUGCCGAGCCCCCUCAGUCGUCAAGGCGCAGGAGCCCCCGCUUUGCCCUGACCCCGCAUGCAUCCCCUGGGCCCCCGCAGCUGGGGCCCCCCCUCGCCCCUGCCCCAAUAAAGGUCCCUGCCAGAGGCCGGGCUGUCCUUGCCACCAUGGGGACAUCACGGCGCCGGGAGAGACAUCACCCGAUGGGGGAGUGAGGUCAUGCUGGUGGAGCUGUGACAGCCACAGGUGGGUGGGGUGGGGUACCCAGUCGAACCGCGAUGUCUGGUGUGAUGUCAUACCUGCACGCAUGAUGUCACUGGCAAGCACGCAAUGUGUGACAUUGUGUGACAUCAGACAGGCAUGUGUGACAUCACUGGUGGACAUGUGAUGGCCGGCAUGAUAUCACACAAGUGUGCGUGGCACUCCUGGGGGACGAGAGCUGGCUCUGGUGAUACUCUGCAGCCCUCGGUGGGCGCUGUGACAUCACCACAGGACAUGUGGUGGCUGGAGUGACAUCAUACAGGUGUGUCUGAUGUCACAACUGGAUGUAUGAUGCUGGGUGUGACAUCAUGCAGGCAUGUGUGACAUCACUGAUGGACCCGUGACAGCCGGCUUGAAGUCACACAGGCAAGAGUUGAACGCUGUGAUGCCACACGCCCCACCAAGGCAUCACACCACCGGUCACGGCAGGUGUGAUGCAGACAUGGCAAGCUGUGACAUCACAGCGAGGGACAGCAGGUCAAGUGGUGCACUAACACACACCGUCAGCAUGACCCCAAAGGCCCUGGCUGCCUGGUGUGACAUGGGGCCAACAACCCACCGCAUCCUCACAAAAUCAGCCCAAAGCAUUUUAAUCAAAAAAAAAAAAAUCUAAAAAAAGUGCUCCUCCCACCUCCCCCCAUAGCCACCUCCACCCCCCCCUGCCUCCCAACACCUUUAAUGUUCGUUUAUGAAAAAUGCCCCAUUACCACUGAUACAUUAAAAAAAAACAAAAAAAAAAAAUAAGAGGACCCCUCCUCCAGUUGGGGCUGUUUCGGGGUGCUGGCAUCGGCGGGGAGUCUCGGGCCACCAAAACCCGGAGCGUGGGCACCUCCCACACCCAUUAAACAACCGCAGGACAA